AUGAAGGAAAGAUUUUCGGGGUUAGAUAUUCCAUUGAUAACCAAAGAGUUACAAAAUAGUAUAACUGGGUAUAGAUUGACCAAUAUCUACAAUAUUGGUGAUUCAACGAGACAGUUUUUAUUGAAAUUUAAUAAACCCGAUUCAAAAUUUAACGUAAUUGUUGAUUGUGGAUUUAAAAUAUACGUUACACAAUUUACAAGACCUAUUCCACCGCAACCAUCAGGAUUUGUCGUUAAACUAAGAAAACAUUUAAAAAGUAAGAGGUUGACUUCGGUCAGACAAAUCGGGAAAGAUAGAAUAAUUGUGUUUACAUUUUCUGAUGGAUUAUAUCAUUUGGUUUUUGAAUUUUUCAGCAAAGGGAAUGUUAUUUUGCUAGACUCUGAAAGAAAAGUUUUAUUUACACAGAGAAUUGUGGAUGACCAUGAAUGCAAUGUUGGAGAUGUUUAUCAACUUUUAAGUGAUAUAAUUAUAGGGAAGGAGGAAACAGAAGAUAAGAAAUUUACUGCAAAUGUUAUUUUGAGCUGGAUCGAUGAUAUGGAAUUAAAAUUGCAAAAGCAGCAAAAGGCAUCAUGUGAUUCUAAAGUGAAAAUACCAUCUAUUCAUAAGUUAUUGUUUUUGAAUGCGCCAUACUUGUCUUCAGAACUAAUUUUAAAGUACUUGAAAUUGAAUCACAUAGAAGCUUCUGAUCCGUGCUUGAAAUUUAAAGGCGAUGUUGAGAAAUUAGCUUCUGUUUUAAAUGAAACUGAAGCUGAGGUGAAAACUUUAUUGACUACAAACAAUGAUGAUUUUAAGGGAUAUAUUGUUUGCAAAAAAAAUCCCUUGUUUAGACAAGAUGUAGACUCCCCUGAAUUGGAGUAUCUGUAUGAUCGUUUUGAGCCCUUUAAACCUAUUUUAAGAGACGAAGAUACUGCUGAGAACAGUAUUUGGAAAAUCGAAGAAGUUCCAGGGCCUUAUAAUAUGACUGUUGAUAAAUUUUUUAGUACUAUUGAGUCAUCUAGGUACGAGUUAAAAAUUCAGCAACAGGAGCAACACGCUGCGAAAGUUAUUGAAAAUGCCAAGCGUGCUAAUGACACAAGAAUACAGAAAUUUGUUGAUAAUCAAAAGUUGAGCGAACUUAAAGGAAGUGUUAUAAUUAAUAAUUCUGACUUGGUCGAGAGUUGUAAGGGGGCAGUGUUGAGUCUGGUUGAUCAGCAAAUGGAUUGGAAUGCGAUUGAGCAAUUGAUUAAGAGUGAAAAGGCCAAGAAAAACCCAAUUGCCAUGUUGAUUAAAUUACCGUUAGAUUUGAAAAACAAUAAGAUUAAUAUUUUAUUACCAAAUAUUGAUGCUGAGAGUGAAACUGAGCUUGAUUCUGACACUGAUGAUGAGACAUUAAACAAAAAAGAUAAUGCAAGCGGCUCCAUUGAAGUCAAUAUUGAUUUAGAAUUAUCGGCUUUUGCAAAUGCUUCUCGAUAUUUUAAUAUAAAAAAGGAGAAUAGGACCAAGCAGAGUAAAAUUGAAAAAAACCAAAAGAUGGCAUUGAAAAACAUUGAAAGGAAAGUUACCAAGGACUUACAUCACAAAUUGAAAGAACAACAUGAUGUAUUAAAAAGACUCAGGAAUCCUUAUUUCUUUGAAAAGUAUUAUUGGUUUAUAUCUACCGAAGGGUAUUUGGUUAUGAUGGGUAAAAGUGACCAAGAAACUGAUCAGAUAUAUAGUAAAUAUAUCACCGAUGAAGACAUCUAUAUUACGUGUAACGAUGUGGGAAGUGCUAAAAGAGCACCCCGAGCUUUUAUUAUCAAUCAUACUAAAGAUGAGGCUAUUCCGCCAAACACUUUGAUGCAGGCAGGUGUUUUGAUUAUUUCAGCUAGUGAUGCUUGGUCUAAAAAAGUUAGUGGAGUUGCUUCUUGGUGGUGUAAAUGUAAAAACAUUUCUAAAUUUGACCCACAUGAUAAAAAUCGUGUUUUGGAAAGCGGUAGUUUUUCGAUUUUGGAUGAGGGGGGAAAGGGGUAUUUGGCUCCUGUUCAAAUGGUUAUGGGUUUGGCGUUUAUGUGGAAAGUAAAAACACACGAAAGUGAUGGUAUUUACAUAAAGGAGGAAGAUGGCAUUCAAGAGGCGGAUGAAGAAGACAAAGGAACACAGGACUUGCACGUAGCCCAAGAGAAAGAACAAAUUAAUACAAAUAAACAUCAUGCUGAAGAACUUGAGGAGGGAAAAAGCUUUGCUGGAAGUGAUAAACCUGAAAUUGGAGAGUAUAAAAAUAAUGCAUACUUGCCUUCACCUUCUAAAUCGGACUCAACUACUUUAGCUGCUACUGAAGUUUUAGAAUUAAAUAAGAAUGUUCGGGGUAAACGAGGCAAAUUGAAGAAGAUACAAAAAAAAUAUGCAGAUCAAGAUGAGGAGGAGAAAAUGUUAAGAUUGGAUGCUUUAGGUACUUUAAAGGGAAUUGCAAAAGAACAAGAAAAAAUGAAUGAUAAACUUCAGAGGGAACAUAAAAGAGAAAUGAAAAAAGAAGUAAGAAGUAAGAAAUUACAAUUACAGGCAUUAAGAUUCACAGAAAAUGAAAAAGUCACGGUUUUCUAUGACAAAAUAUUUGCUGAAUUAAAGCCUAAGUUGGAAAACCCAAAUGAUUUAGAAAACUUGGAAUCGAUUAUACCUGUGUUCGCACCAUGGUCUGCGUUAAAUAAAUAUAAAUAUAAAGUCAAAAUUUUACCAGGCACAGGAAAAAAAUUGAAAAGUAUUAACGAGAUUUUGAGUUAUUUCCUAAAGAGAAAAGUUGAUCCAAAUAGUACAGACAAGGAUGUGGAUUGGGAAAAGGAGCAUGAAUUAAUUAAACAACUUAAGGAUACCGAAUUGUUGCCAUUAUUGUGUGUUGACAAAAUUAAAAUUAAUAUUCCCUCAGCAAACAAUGGACAAAAGGGUAAUAAUGGCACUGGUAUUGGUAAGAAUUCAAAGAAAAAUAAGAAAAAAAAAUAG